AUGUCAAGAGUAGUUUCCCUGGUAAGUCAAGGCUAAUACCUGUGUUUUUUUUUUCUUCAAUUCUUUUACCAAAGUUUUCUAUUGGCCUAGAGAUCAUUUAGCCUGUAUAACAGGCGCUUUCUGAGCCAAGGGAGGCGAACGGGGCAGUUUGCGUCUCGCGCUCCGCGCAAAAUGCCGCGUUCGCCUCGCUUGGCUCGUAAAGCGCCUGUCAUGCAGGCUAGAGAUCAUUACGUCACCAUUAAGUAGAAAAAACGCCGUUAUUUUCGUGCGCAGUUUUGUCCGAGUCCCCAAAGGAGGCCUGAAACAACGGAUUCUAGAAAAGUGUCUUGUUAAAAACAUGCAAACCGACUGGAUGAUAAAACAACUAGAUUAAACACACGGUUGGCAAAAUAUCACAAUUUGUCAAUCUCUCGGUCAAAUUAUUUGUCUUUACUGGUAUAUAAAAGAUACUUUUUUCAGCCUCGCCCAUUAUCAUGGUGGUUGUAGUAGACAUAUUCUCUCCGCUGCCACCCUUUCGGUGGAGAGACGCGCCACUGUACUAAUAACGCGUCUACUAGAAUUCUCAAUUUAUAAAUCGACUUCUUAAAGCCUGACUUUGCUUUUUACCAGGACACUAAAGUACAGGUUCUCAUUGCAGAUACGUGGAUCAUUCAGGUAUGCUCGAUCGAUGUUUUUAUGUAUCCAUGUCACUUUCCCUGCAGACGCCUCACAUCCCGGCCCCUCUGCGCGCUUGUAGGUCUCUUAAGCUGACAAGUAUCGAGUUGAAUUUAGUCUGUGGAGAGCUCCUUCUAAGCCAAGAACUUUAAAGCUUAAGUCUACAACGCUGCUGUCGAUUUACUUAUCUUUUUUUUUUAUCAAAAAGCUUAUUCCAAGAGGUAUGUGGUCUCCUAACUUUCAUUGGUGGAGUAGUAAUUCAUUUUUUGUCACGUGACAAUACUAUUCAUCAGUUCAGGAUUUUAAUUGGUCUAUCUGAACGAGCUGAUAUUCUGUAGAGAUCCAACAUGAUCAAUCACAACCAAGAGAGGUUCAACUCUUCAUAAACCUCCUGUUGGAUCGCUUAAGCGUUUAAACUAGCGCUAAUGUGUGGUAAGAGAGGAUGAAGGACCUGCCAGUCUUGCGUGUGGCUAAGGACAAAUAUCUGAAUCUUAAGAUGUAUGUUCUCAUCACAGGUGUGGAAGAAUCCCUACUUGAGCUGGAAUGAAACCGAAUAUGACGGUAUACAUACACUGCACAUAUCACCUAAUGAGCUAUGGGUCCCGGAUGUUGUGCUUUAUAACAAGUAAGAACUACAUACGUCUCCUUUAUCAUUAGACCGCCAGCGGUCGCCCUUCUUUCCUCAGCCACGCACGGAGAGCGAAAAAGUAAAAUUAUGCAAAUUAAUGGUAAAAACGAGGAGAGAGGAGAGGUUGGGCCUCGGUCGAUUUUCCGCCCAGCUUGUUCCUUGGGGCUUCGCAGCCUGCGCCUCAUGUUGCUCUAGAUCUCAAAAAAAGUGAGAGACUGUUCACAGUCUACUUCAUCAUCGUUUCUCUGAUUCUCCCAACAUCUUCUCCUUUUCUUAUUUCUCAGCGCAGACGAGGACGUGACUCUUGCAGGCUUCAAAGAGAAGUUCAAGACGUACGUGAUCGUGGACAGCAGUGGCGUGAAUAUGUGGAUGUCUCCGGCUUCUUUCAAAAGCUCCUGUGAUAUGGUGAUCAGAUUCUACCCCUUUGAUAGACAAACCUGUCAUCUGACUUUUGGUUCGUUGACAUUUGACAACAGGUUGCUUAAAAUGAUGAACAAGGACGACAGUCAUUCGACAUCAGGUUGGAAUGAAAAGAAACUUGUGUUGAUUUUGAUGUACAGAUAGAUGUUAGUGUACCCGGGGGGGUACUCCCUAAUAUGGGCUAUAUAGGUAUGUGCGGCCCCAGAGGGUAGGGUUUUUCAGCCGUUUUGGUCAUAAAUUGGGUAUCGAUUUUGGCUAUUUAACCGCCAUUUUGGUCAUAAAUAGGGUAACGAUUUUUGCACUGUAGUCUUGAAUGCACUUUUUUAGAAGAAGCUACUUCCUUAUCAUGUCCCCCUCCUUCCAUCCGCGCUGUGCCUUCCUCUCCACCGGCUGCUUUGUAGGCUAGAAAAUACAAGCAACAAGCAACAAAAGCCCUUCACAAAUUAUGUUCCAGGUCAUAAAUAGGCUAUCAAAUUUUUGGUUACGUCAUAAAUAGGGUAGGGAAAAUCGCAGAUUUUGGUCAUAAAUAGGGUAAGGGUUUUGGGAAGCGGGCCGCACACCCCUACCCAAUUUUUCUGCGAGUACCCCCGGGUUAGUGUACUAGCUUACUGGGCCCAGUUGUUCGAAAGGUAGAUAACGCUAACCACUGGAUAAUUACGCAAUUGAUUUCCUAAUACUUAUCCACUGGAUAGCGAUUCAUACGGUGGUUAACGCUAUCCAACGUUUGAACAACCGGUGCAAGACAUGUCAAUGUACUAGAUACUACUUACUAACUGUAGAACGUUUAUCAGAUAAACAGAGAGUUUAAUUGUAAAACCGUCAUUUAAGGUCCAUUUUAGGAAAUCUAAUGUGAGCAUUCCCAUCCCGUAUAACCCUCUCCCACAAAUAAAAAACAUGCCAUUAACAACUUGAUAACAAGGAAAGAGGUUGUUUCUUAGGGGCCGACCAUUUAACUCUUGAGGGGGGUGGCUGAUUUUGAAACAAAUUUCCUGCAAGCGCUUGUCGGAAGAAAAAAAUUGCAUGCAGCACAAAUGUGAUAGAAAGCUUAUGGGAAAAAAAGGGAAAAAAAGAUCCUGCCCACCAGAUUGCUAGAAAAAAAAUUCUUGAUGACCAGAAAUCACCCCCCCCCUCAAGAGUUAAAUGGUCGGCCCCUUAGUGGCCUGGAUCAAGUUCCUAGGUGUUUGGUGGGAAAUAAGGGUGAGAAAUCGGCGAACGAGGUGAGCUGGGCGAGGGCCUAGGAGGUGUCUAACUUCCACAAUUUCACCCCUUCCAUUUUUCCCCUCGCUGUCUCGCGAUUUUUUGCCCCCUUCCGCCAAACAGAGAGUCGUUCACAGGCUAUUUAUGUCACUUUUUUCUUUUCAGACAAGUUCGUUGAAAGCGGAGAUUGGAAAUUGGUACACUCAUCAAUCAAAACCGUUGACAAGACGUAUGAAUGCUGCAAACACCCCUACUCCGUCGUAACUUACACUCUCCACUUUGAACGGAAGUCACUUUAUCAUGUACUAUAUCAAAUACUGCCAUGUGUUGUUAUGGUUAUGCUGGUCGUUCUUAACUUCAUUAUUCCGCCUGACAGUGGAGAAAGAAUUAGUUUUUGCAUCACCAUUUUGCUUUCUAUGAGCGUUUACUUGCUCAUCUUGGCCAACUCUCUGCCUGAAACUUCCGACGAUGUUGCGAUGUUAGGAGUGUAUUAUAUGGUGACCAUAGUCCUAGUCGCCUUCAGCCUGGUCGGCACUGUUGUAGUGUUAAGAUGCCACUUUGCUGAAAGUAAACCCCCUAAAUGUCUCGUGAAGUUUGCCAAGAACAUCCUUAGACGGCAAGGGAAGAAACCGAGUGGUAAGACUGUGCACUUAGAGGUUUCAGAUAAGCCAGUGAUGCCACUGGUAGAAGGAAAACAUGCACUGGAAAUUAAGAAACCCAGUGACAACUCAUUGAGGGAUUCCGCGCUGGAACUUCAGGCCCAAGACAUAAAGGAAAACAAAGUACAAAACGAGUGGAAGAACUCAUGGAAAGAGAUCGCAGAGGCGACGGAUAGAAUCCUGCUGAUUAUUUUUGUCUUCACAACGGUUGCUGCUACAGUGACCAUCUGGAUCCAACGGCCGUGAUCCUUGCAACCGGAAUGUCUCAAUACGAAAUGUCGGAAGGAACUUUGAGACCACAGGAACUUCUUUUGCAAACUCCCACUCAGGAGCAUAUGACCAACAGGAGCCACUCCCAUACUAAGCUUAAAUGUAACAGUUUUAUCGCAGAC